CCGCAGACAAGAAUCGUCAACCCGCCUCAACUCCACGGCCCUCCAAUCUCGACGCCUGUCAAAAUGCUCUCCCGCGCCGCUACUCGCACCACCUCCGUGGUCGCCCGCCGAGGCUUCCACACCACCCGCCCUCGCAUGUCCUCUCCUUACCACUACCCCGAGGGCCCCUACUCCAACCUGCCCUUCAACCCUCGCAGCAAGUGGUUCGGCGCCGGCUACUGGGCCUUCAUGGCCACCGGCUUCUUCGCUCCCUUCGGCAUUGCUGUCUACCAAACCUACAAGACCCAGUAAACGAUUGCUUCGAUUACAAAAGGCUUAUAUGGGCUGGACGCUUGGUGUCAUGGAUGGGCGGUGGACUGUUGCGGCAGAGUAAAUAGCUCGAAUUAGACGUGGGACCACUUCACAAGUCACAUACAUAACAAAACCUUGCUCCGUGCCGGCUCC